AUGCUGGUACACGAUAAAAAAGACAGUUCUAGGACCGAAAACAUUUAUAGCAAGGAUUUCUCAGAAGCUUUAGAAUUAGAUGAUGAUCCUUUGCAUUCGGCUCACCUUUCGCGAGACCUCAAUGCUAGAGUAUUGACUCUUUUAACGUUAGGGAGUGCCAUAGGUACUCGUCAUAUUAUUGGAACCGGGACAAGUCUAGUCAGGGGAGGUCCCGCUUCACUUUUCAUUGCCUACUGUUUUGUAGGAACUCUCUUGACUAUAGUGAUUUUUUCACUCGGAGAGAUGGCUGCUUUUUUGCCAAUGGAUAAAGGUUUUUCUGGCUAUGUGAACAAGUACUUUGAUAGAUCAUUCGGUUUUGCGGCAGGUUAUAACUAUUUUUUCAAGUACGCCAUUGUUUUGGGAGCUAACAUGUCAGCGUUUGGGUUGGUAAUUCAGUAUUGGAGACCAGACUUAAACGUUGGUAUAUGGGCAGCGGUUCUCUACGUCUGUUGCAUUGCGACAAAUUUCUUACCGAUUAGAUACUACGGAGAACUUGAAUUCAUUCUAACUCUAGGGAAACUUUUAACAUUAUUAGGAAUUUAUAUUGUUUGCCUUGUUAUUACAUGUGGAGGGAGCCCAAGUGGACAUACCAUUGGGUUUCGUUAUUGGAGAGAAGAAGCAUUUUUGCCUUAUUUAGUGGGAGGUAAUACGGGGAAGUUUUUGGGAUGGUGGGCAGCUGUGGUCUCAUCAUUAUUUGGUUUCAUUGGAGUAGAAACUGCAGGUAUAUUUUUUGGUGAAGCAGUUGAUCCCAAAAAGAACAUUCCAAAGGCAUCUCGUCAAGUUUUGAUCAGGAUCGGAUUCUUUUACAUUUUCGGUGUAUUUAUGUUGACGUUGGCUGCAAAUCCUAAGAGUCCAUUAUUAGUUAAAGCAGGAGGAACCAGUGCAAAUGCUUCACCUUUUGUUAUUGCGAUUAAAGAGUCGGGUAUUAAGAUAUUGCCUUCUUUCAUAAAUGGGUGCUUGUUGAUCUUCAUUGCUAGUUCUGCAAAUACAGAUAUUUACAUUUGCUCAAGGCAAUUAUACGGAUUGGCCAAAGAUGGUGAGGCCCCAAGGAUAUUUUUGAAAUUGACUAAAAAUAGAGUUCCAUGGGUGGGUUGCAUAGCGGGAUCAGUACUUGGAUUGUUGGCUUUUAUGAAUACAAAGGAAGGAGCUGCAGCUGCAUUUAGUUAUAUUUCUAGUACUGUCUCGAUUUUUGGUAUCAUUAAUUGGAUGUACAUACUUGUUGCAUACAUUGGAUACCAGAGAGCUAUAAUAGCUCAGAAAGUACUGCAAGAAGAAAUACCAUUCCGAAUGUGGUUUCAACCCUACAUAUCAUAUGUUGCACUUGUACUAAUUAUUGUGAUAGCUAUAUUUAAUGGUUACAGUGCAUUCAUUAUUUCGUUUAAAUAUAGGACCUUCAUCACAAGUUAUAUCGGUAUCUUGGUAAACGUGAGUAUGAUUAUUGGUCAUAAGCUAUGGUAUAGAACAAAGUUCAUUAAACCUCAUGAAGUUGAUUUAAGAAAUAGUUAA